AUCGAGGGCGGCCCGCCGACAACGUUGUGUUUACUGACAAUGUCUGAUGAAGAAGAUUAUAGUUCAGCAGACGACGAGGAUUAUGUUCCUUCAGACAAGGAAUGUUUAAGUGAGGAAGAUGAGUCUGGAGAAGAGGAAGAUCUGACAGUUCUUAAUGAUGGCGGGUCCUCAGAGAAUAGAACAGCCACAGGGAAAGGCAAAAGGAAAAACAAGAGUAAUGAGUUAAUGCCCAGAAAGAGAAGAGGUGGCAUUAAGCUUGAUGGAGAUGAUCGAGGGGAGACAACUCCUCAGAUAGAUGAGGACAACCAAAAACUGAAAGAAGAAAUUGCAAUGGAAAAGGAAAUCUCAAAAGUUGAGAAAGAAAAGAAAAAAGCUGAUGAUUUGUGGGCCAGUUUCCUGUCUGAUGUAGGUCAAAAACCUAAAUCAAAACCAACACCAGCACCAUCUGCAAGUACUUUGGGAUUUCUGACAGGUCAACAGACAAAGUCAAAACCUGACCCAACAAAAAUGACAUCCAAUGGAGAUGGAGGGAAGACACCAGUAUCUGUACAACAGAAAAUCACAGUCACCAAAGUGUUUGAUUUUGCAGGUGAAGAAGUAAAGGUGAAGGAAGAAGUCGAUAUCCAAUCAAAAGAAGGGCAAAAGGAGCUGAAACGAUUGGAGGAGGAAAAGUCGGAGAGUGAAAAACAAAAAACAGACAAGCCUGUCAUUGGCCGAAUUCUGGGACAAAAACCUGCUGCCGAUAGCUCACCAAAAGCAGCCGGGGGGUUGGGAAGUGUCCUGGGUAAGAUCGGGAAGAAAAACAAGUUGAGUUCAUUGACGAAGUCCAAACUCGACUGGGACUCGUAUAAAAAGCAAGAAGGUAUAGAAGAAGAUCUUAAAAUACACAAUCGUGGAAAAGAUGGUUAUAUAGAGAGGAUGGCAUUUUUACAGAGGGCAGAUGUGCGACAGUUUGAAAUUGAGAAAAACAUGAGACAGUCAGCAAGCAAAAGGUGAAGUGACUCUCCUAAAUCAGAGAUUUAGAUCAGAUUAUAUGUGAGACAAGAGCCAAUGUUGAUGGUAUAGCAUGCAGGUAGCUCACAUAUCCCAGAAGUAUGUGACAGUGUUCUGCCUGAAAUGUUUUGUCAUCUUCUAAAGUGUGACUCCGAUGCACUACAGGAAUUGCUGGAAGCCCGGGUCUUCUGGCCAGGGAUACCUGGAAAACCGAUUGCUUAAGACAUUCUGCGUUUUUCAGAUCAUAGACAUAAGCUCAUUCAAAUCUCUUCGUGUAUGGAGUUUAGUCAAUAUAAAGAUCAUAGUAUAAUAUGUUCUACAUCCAAGAAGA